AUAUGGUGGUACAGGCAACGCUGUUUCAAACUGAGAUGCGACUGUUCUCCCGCAGCAACAGCUAACAUUGACCGGCUGGUCACCUCAGGAACUGGGCACCCGGCAGCUGAGUGUGCACGCUGCCUCCCUGUCGCUCCCUGGAAGCAGCUGCCUCACACGGCUGCGCAUCACUGGAGAGAGGUGACGAGCAAACUCGCAGGAGCAGGAUUCAUUUGUGGACUCGACUGCUGUACAAGAAGCGUGUUUAAGACUAAAGAGCCAGGGGGGGGCGAGAAAACAAACAAACAAACAAACAAACCCACCGGGUUCAGUCUUCGUCCAGGACGCUGCAAGAGCCGCAUGAACCUGCGGUUGGUGUUGAACGCGACUUGUUUUGGGAGUUCGGUGUGAUUUUCUUCACACUUUCCACACCGCAGGCGUCACCCAGAGGCAACGCGCCAACUGCUGGAGUAGUUUAAAAAGAAGUCAAACGAGGAUUACUUCAGCCUCCUCUGUCUCGGUCCUGGUGUCCGGAGAGACGCACGGAGGCAACAGCGGGUUCUUGUAGCAGGAGGCUGCUGAUGCACACGUCGGGGAGGAUCGAGUGAAUCUGUGGAUCGCGGUGACAUUUUUUCUCCACGAACAAAUGAUUGCAGUUAAUUGAUUUGCAGGAUCGACCCCCCCCCCAAGACUGACGCCCGACAGCCGACAUCCCCCACCCUCCGCGUUGCCAUCGCCGUUGCGCAGGCACUAUGUUGAUGAAGGAGUACCGCAUCUGCAUGCCCCUCACCGUGGAGGAGCAGAAUGAGCGGCGGACACCUGUUUUGAUAGCGGUGACAUCAGCCAGUCAGUGUAAGAGUCGAAGCUCUGUGCUCCGACUACAGAGAAGCCUGUUCCUUCGUCGCUCCCUGAGGAGCUCGUAUAGCUCGGCCAGAGAGUGACCUGGCUCACACAGGCCAGAUGGAGAGAAACAUGCUCUCACAGAUGAUCUGCCAGACGUCAAACGUACCGGAUCGGCCAGCUGUAUAUGAUCAGUAAACACAGCCAUGAACAGAGUGAACGUGGGGAGGGGGUGGAGGUGGUCCAGAAUGAGCCGUAUGAGGACCCCGAGCACGGAUCAGGCCAGUUCACCGAGAAACGAAUCUACCUCAACAACAAGCUGCCCAGUUGGGCCAGAGCCGUCGUCCCUAAAAUUUUCUAUGUCACAGAGAAGGCGUGGAACUAUUACCCUUACACCAUAACAGAGUACACGUGCUCCUUCCUGCCCAAGUUCUCCAUCCAUAUAGAAACCAAAUACGAGGACAACAAAGGGAGCAAUGAUAAUAUUUUCAGCAGCGAACCCCGAGAUGAUGAGACAGAGGUGUGUUUCGUGGACAUCGCCUAUGAUGACAUCCCCGAGCGCCACUACAAAGAGUCAGAGGACCUGCGCUCUUUCAAAUCGAAGAAAACGACCCGAGGCUCCCUGCAGGAAGGAUGGAUCGGCACACAGGACCCCAUCAUGUGCUCCUACAAGCUGGUCACGGUCAAGUUUGAGGUCUGGGGCCUGCAAACACGAGUGGAGCAGUUUGUACACAAGGUGAUACGAGAUGUCCUGCUGUUGGGACACAGACAGGCCUUUGCCUGGGUGGAUGAGUGGAUCGACAUGACCAUGGAGGAAGUGAGAGAAUACGAGCGCGCCACGCAGGAAGCCACCAACCUGAAGAUCGGCUCCUUCCCGCCCGCAAUCUCCAUCUCUCAGACCCCCCUGCCGUCCAGCGCCCGCAGCGGCCCGAGCAGCGCCCCGUCCACUCCGCUCUCCACCGAGGCCCCCGAGUUCCUGUCGGUGCCGAAGGAGCGCCCCAGGAAGAAGUCGGCCCCAGAGACCUUGACCCUGCCGGAUCCCGGCCGCAGGGAUUCCCUCUUCAAACUGCCCAGCUUUUUCUCGUGGAACUCCAGUCCGCAGCCGGAGUGAGAGCGGGGCUUCUUCGCCAGUGGUGAACUAACGCCCCUGUGGAUCGGUGGAGGAUGCCUGCCCAGCACAUCCCACAACACCCCCCUCAGCCGGCUGCAGUGAAGGAGACUUUUCACUGUCCCGGUGUUGCAGCGAAGCCAACAGCUCUAACGCCAGCUGUACCGGCACAGACAGGCCGCCCGAUCACCACAGCAAAAAAGAAAAAAAAAAAAAAAAGGUCCUGUGAGGUCCAAAGGUAAAGUGUGUCCCAAUGAGAGUGUAACAAAAGCAGCUGGAGGCCACUCAUUCGUCUCUUCUCCUCAGAAAACCAGCAGGCAGCACAAUAAAUCAGAACGUCCGGGGUUCAAUUAGUCAGGUGGAGCGUACAGUACAUUCCUGAAAAAUGUUUUCAUCACCUCAUUUUCAUCCAAGCUUUUGCGUGUGUUGACAAGGUUUGUCGAGAUUCAGUCACUGUACACAAACUGUACAGGUACAAUGUUGUUUUUUUUCCCACCGAUUUACAUUUAACCGUCGGAGUUUGCUCUGUUUACUGGAGCAUCGUGGUUUGACAGCUAUUUUUGUGGUGGGGACCUUUAUGGCCACUGUAUCAGUUGAGUGUUUUGAUUUUCACAGUCAGGUGUGAGGUGAUUGUGUAUUCUUGUGUAAAUAUAUAUUAUAUAGUACAAACUGAACAUUAAAUAGCCAGUAAAAUGUCCGUGGUUUCAUUUCCAGUGGUGCUGCUGCUCUGAUAUUACUUGUAUUUUAAAGACAGGACUGUCUUCAGGUUCUCUUAUCUUCUUCAGCUGUUUAUUUAAUAAUUAAUAGUGAGUUCCAUCAGCCACAAUGUCUUUAAGUGACUUAUGUAACUGCCUGAUUUUGACUGUGGAAGCUUCUUUUUGAAUAUUUGCGAAUCCAAAUGUUUUCUUCGUCAUCUCUGCCUCACACUUGAUGUUGUGUUUGAACCGCGUUUCACAGACUGGUCGUCAUGUGGUUUGUACGUUGUUUUGCUUCUUUUAUUCAUUUUGAGUCAUGACAUUGAUGGGUUUUGUAUUCAGUAAAUUGAAUUGAAUUAAAUACUGUUGUAUCCAUA